UCAUUGUAUUUGUAUAAUCUUGUUUCUUCUCUUCAUUUCCUUCAAUCCUCUUGAAACUCUCUUUCUCAGUUUCUCAUUUGAUUCGCAAGGCUAAUCCUCAGUUAAAUAUUUGGUUUUGGGUUGUGGAUUUUUUUGUUCUCAGAAUCUCCGAUUAAGCUGCUUCGUAGUGAAAGAGGAGUGUUGUUGCUGUUUUGUUUCAUCGAUCAAAGAAAUCGCAACUUCUCUCUCUCCUUUUUUAAAAAUUUUUAUUCCGUUUCAUCUACUUUGUGGUGUCAAUCCAAAGUGAAUAAAGAUAUGUUGGGAGCUGGAUUUAACUUGACUCAGCUGCAUAGAGCUCAGAGCGACGUCUCUCAUGGCGGCAGAUCGAUUCAUACUAAAGAACGCGACAACGGCUCUUCAUUGCAAAACAAACUCAAUGCUUCUGAGGCGUCUUCAAGUAAUGUGGAACGGUUUUUGGAUUCGGUAACACCAUCUGUGCCGGCUCACUAUUUCUCUAAGACAGUAGUAAGGGAAAGGAGAGGUAGUGAUGUUGAGUUGCAUACUCCUUAUUUUGUUCUUGGAGAUGUAUGGGAAUCGUUUGCUGAGUGGAGUGCUUAUGGCAUUGGAGUUCCUCUCACUUUGAAUAACAACUACAAAGAGCAAGUCUUUCAAUACUACGUGCCUUCGCUUUCCGGCAUUCAAGUAUUUGCUGAUGUUGAUGCGUUAACUUCAUCUCUUCAAGCAAGACGGCAAGGUGAGGAGAGCGAAAAUGAUUUCAGGGAUUCAAGCAGUGAAGGAAGCAGUAGUGAAUCUGAAAGAGGACUCUGUUUUCCAAAGGAGCAGAUCUCUGCUAGAAUGGACCAGCUUUCAUUAAGAAAGGAGCAUCAAGAAGACUCGUCUAGUGAUGAUGGCGAGUCUUUAAGCUCUCAUGGUCGUUUGAUAUUUGAGUAUCUUGAACGUGAUCUUCCCUACAUCCGUGAACCAUUUGCCGACAAGAUGUCUGACCUUGCCUCUAGAUUUCCCGAGCUGGAGACCUUGAGAAGCUGUGAUUUACUACCUUCAAGCUGGUUUUCUGUGGCAUGGUACCCAAUUUACAAAAUACCCACAGGACCGACACUCAAGGAUCUGGAUGCUUGUUUCUUGACAUAUCAUUCCCUUCACACACCCUUCCAAGGUCCAAGUGUUACAAAUGGGUCUAUGCAUGUGGUGCAGCCAAGGGAAAGUGUUGAGAAGAUGGAGCUGCCUGUCUUUGGCCUCGCCUCAUACAAGCUGAGAGGUUCUGUAUGGACAAGCUUUGGGGGAUCUGGGCACCAGCUCGCAAACUCUCUUUUCCAAGCCGCAGACAAUUGGCUGAGGUUGCGUCAAGUCAACCAUCCUGAUUUCAUCUUCUUCUGCCGCCGCUGAUGAUAUGAUUAUACGAUGAUGACGAAAAAGGAUAUAGGAAAUUAUAAAAAGGAACUCUUUAUGAUUAUUGUGCUGAGUAAACCGUACAUAUAGAAUGCCGUCAAGGUUUUCCAGUUGGUAGCUUCUGUAAGUGCACAGAAUGCUAGUUUUCUUAUUUUUGUGUAACACUGUUUUUGCAAUAAAAGCUAAUAGUUGAGGAAA